AUGCGCCGCCUGCAAACACAGCUGCUCCGAAUUGUCCAGGCUCACCAUAAGUCGACCAGGAUGCAGCAUCGAGUCAGUGAGCUAAACACUCCAGUGUGUCCGGUUGGAGAUGAGGCGGCUCUUCAGCUGGCCCGUCAGUGCCUGCUGAGUGGACAGGUUAUUGCCCUGCCCACCGAUACCGUUUAUGGACUGGCCUGCGAUGCCAACAACGAGGCAGCCAUCCAACGGCUGUACGAGAUCAAGGGCCGGGAUGAGCACAAACCGGUGGCCAUUUGCGUACACAACAUCGCUGCCCUGCGUCGCUUUGGUCAGGCUGCCCAUCUUAGCGACGAGCUGCUAACUCGUUUGCUCCCGGGCCCCCUGACCAUCGUGAUCGAGCGGACGCCCAAGCUGAGCAACCGGUUCCUUAAUCCCAGCACCUCCAAGAUCGGCAUUCGCGUUCCUGACUUCAAGUUCAUGCGCGACCUCUGCGCCGUGUGGCAUGAGCAGCCCUUGGCCCUGACCAGCGCCAAUCGUUCUAGUGCGCCCAGCAGCCUGGAAGUCUCAGAGUUCCGCUCACUGUGGCCGCAACUGGGCGCCGUAUUCGACGCCGGCCAAAUUGGACUCACCGAAGAACGGCGCCUGGCCUCAACGGUCAUUGACCUGGCCACUCCGGGCUAUUACGAGAUUGUGCGGGCAGGAGUGGCCCUGAAGCAGACCCUUGCCCUGAUGGAGGCAUUCGGCAUCCAGUCGCGGAAAAUGCUUUAGUAUAGUGGAGCUAUCCAAAUACAUUAUUAUUGUCAAGCUUAAAUUUUUCUUGAUUGUUUGCUUUUAUAUUACGUUGCUGAGUAAUGUAAAAGUUUAAUUUAAUGUUAUAUUAUUCAUACAUCAAUUUCGACCAAACUAAAUUUAAAAAUCCAGCUUAUUAUUUUUUUUUAAUGCAACUGCUGUGAAAGGAAAUAUCAAAGCAUGAGUAAAUUAAGCUUUGUUACCUUGAUUCUAAUAAAUCGA